GGGAAGUGACGUACGGGUGGAGCGAGAGAACGAGAGAAAAAGAAAGCUCGAUGCAGUCCGAAAUAAGAGUGGUUAUUUGAAGAAAAGGAAAGUUAAGGGUGGACAUUUAUCAACUUUGAGUGAACUACUCAAAUCACGCCCCAACGUGGUGGAGUAAGCCGCUAAAACAGAGGCUAAGUCGAUAGAUGGAACUUUGCUAGGACGCUAGUGACAAGCUAGCGCCAGCUAGCGAGGCCUGUGUUGGACCACCAGGAAGAGGACGAGGACGCUAGCGACGAGCAAACGCUAGCGAGGCCUGCAUUGGAGCUUGGAUGAGGCUGGACAACUGGACACAACCCUCGACUUUCUUCAUUCCUGCAAUGCUAACCCACACUAGCCAUGGUCAGCAUAGAGCUUCCACAGGACGAGAGGGACCUAAUUGUUCCGUCGGGAGAAAGGUGCAAAACCACAAGCAAGGCACUAAAUAUAACACUGAACGCAGUGAAGGCGGUCGUCAUCAAGAGGAGAAAAUAUGAAACAAAAGCGACAUUAUGCACCGAAAUUCAUCAAAAGACGAAAACGAGUUGAGGCCAUCAGCAAUAUUGAAGGAACUACAGGAAUUUGUGGUCAGAGGCCGUCGGCGGUCCACUCAAAAUGGCGGAGGAACCAGCGCGCGAGUGGAGCGACGAGCACCUCAAAAGUGACGAUUUGCCCAAGAAAGACCUGAUAAAGUUCAUCCAGGAUCACGCGGCGCAUUCGUUCCUCACCGACCACAAAUUGCUGGGAAACAUCAAGAAUGUGGCCAAGACUGCGAAGAAGGAGCAGCUCGUCGCCGCCUACAACGAGCUCUUCGCCAGCAAACGAUUUAAAGGCACAGAGCCCGUGGAAGACGCGACAAAGCAGAUGAAAGCCGUCAAACUGGACGAGAAGCCCAAAGAGGUCAAGGCGGAAGUUGUGGACGAGGGUCCGCCCAGGUUCACCAAAUCGACGCUGAAAAAAGGCGACAAGACAAACUUCCCGAAGAAAGGAGACACGGUGAGCUGCUGGUACACCGGCACGCUGGAGGACGGGACCAUCUUUGACACCAACAUUCCUUCAGCGGCCAGAAAGAAAAAGCAAACCAAGCCGCUGAGCUUCAAGGUGGGCCUGGGCAGAGUCAUCCGAGGGUGGGACGAGGGCCUGUUGACCAUGAGCAAAGGCGAGACGGCCCGCCUGGAGAUCGAGCCGGAGUGGGCGUACGGGAAGAAGGGCCUCCCGGACUCCAAAAUUCCACCCAACGCCAAGCUGAUCUUCGAGGUGGAGCUGGUGGCUGUGGACUAAACGGGCCAAAACUGGGAAGUUCACACCAAAAAAUGUUGUGCACUUUUUUUUUUUUUUUUUUUUCCAUUUUACUGUGUAUUACAAAGUGCCCUGAAAAGGUAUUUGCCUCCCUCCUGAUAUGUUUUUCUUUUUUUUUUUUUUUGCAUGCCUAUUACAUAAAUUUCAAAUCCAUCCAUUUUUUUUUUCUGCAUAAGGGUUAAGCAGGGAUUUGAACCGGUGUCCUCAGAACUGUGAAGCCAACACACCAACGAGUUGUGCCACCAUGGAGGCAGUUUUCACGGUGUCCAAGAACACCUUUCUGGUGCUCUCCGGCAAAUACUUUUUCACCGCAUUCAACGACAGGUGUCCCGAAUACGUACGUUUUGUUUCUUUUGAUGCUGUCAAAAUGUCCUCCUUUUGGGGACAAAAAAAAAUGUUUUUGGUUUGCAUAAAAUAUCUUACAAACAAGA